AUGCAACGAAGCCUUCUUCGUCAAACAAGCCUUGUUGACUCGGGCCUUUUUUUAAAGAACAGAAAGUAUUUAAUCGGAGGAAACAAUAUUCAAAGGAGAUUUAAUCAAACUUCAUCAUCAAAUAAUAAUGAAUUUAUUUCCGAUUUAAAAAAGAGAGGAAUUUAUAAUGAUGCUACUUCGGGAUUUGAUAAUUUAAUGCAAGAAAUGAACAGUGGUAGUGAAUUGGCCAAGUCUAUUGGUAUUUAUGCUGGUUUUGAUCCUACAGCUUCGGGGCUUCAUGUUGGCAAUUUGCUUGUUCUUCAAACUUUGAAGAGAUUCCAAUUGGCUUUUAAUCCAAAGAAUGUUCAUAUUUAUUGUCUUGUUGGUGGUGCAACUGGUAGAAUUGGUGAUCCAAGUGGCAGAAAAACAGAGAGACCUCUCUUGGAUGAAUCAACAAUUAAUAAUAAUAUUGAAGGAUUGAAGAGAGAAAUGAAUUCUUUCUUCUCCUCUAAGAACAAUGUCACAGUUGUCAAUAAUGCUGAUUGGUUGGGAGAAAUGAAAAUGAUUGAUUUAUUGAGAAAUGUUGGAAAAUAUUUCCAAAUUGCUAACAUGUUAAGAUUGGACAGUGUUAAAUCUAGAGUUGAAAAUGCUGAUGCUGAUAAUGGUGGUAUGACUUUUACUGAAUUUUCCUACUCACUUUUCCAAAGUUAUGAUUUUUUCCAUUUAUUGAACUCAAAUAACGUAAGACUUCAAAUUGGAGGAUCUGAUCAAUGGGGAAAUAUUACAAGUGGAUUGGAAUUCAUAAAGAAAAAGCAAACAGCCAUGCCAGAAAGUUGUCAAUCAGUAUGCAGUGGUAUGACAAUUCCUUUACUCACAACUGCUGAUGGAGUUAAAUUUGGUAAAUCUAUGGGUAAUGCUGUCUGGCUCAAUCCUGAAAUGACUUCUGUCUUUGAUUUUUAUCAAUAUUUCCUCAGAGUUCAAGAUGCUGAUGUGGAGAAAUUAUUGAAAAUGUUAACAUUUGUUAGCUUGGAAGAUAUUGACCAAAUCUUACAAGAACACAAUCAGCAACCAGAAAAGAGAAUUGCUCAACAAAGACUUGCUGAAGAAUUAACAACACAAAUUCACGGAAAGGAACAAUUGGAAAAGGUACAAAAAUGUACAAAUUUAUUAUUUGGAGCUAGCAGUGAGGAAGCAAUUGAAAUUUUAAAGACCUUAUCAAAGAAAGAUAUUACAUCACUAAUGAAGGAUUCUGUUGGUGGACAAGUACCAAAGGAAGAUCUUUUAUCUAAGCCAAUUAUAGAUAUUGCUUUAGCUCUCAAGCUUGGACCAUCCAAAUCUGAAUUGGGUAAAUUGAUCAAGAGUGGAGGUUUUUACAUUAAUUACAAGAGACAAAUAGAUCCAAAAUAUGUCAUGACAGAAGCUGAUCUUGUGGCAGGUAAUGGAUCAAUUGCUGUAUUGAGAUUAGGAAAGAAGAAUUAUCAUUUAAUUGAGGCUAUAUAA